CAUCUUCACUAUUUUUGCAUAUCGCCGGCUAUCUUCUCCUCUCUCCGGCCGCUCUUCCCAACAAAAUUCCUCCGGUCAAUGGCAAACGAAGAAGAGAGGCUUCUAGAGGAACAACUGGAGGUUCAAUUGCACGAGCACAAAGAAUCACUCUCCGAUCUCGAAGAAGCCCUAGCUUCCGACCCUACCAAUCCCGAACUUCUUCCGGUCUACGAAGAACUUUCUCAUGCUAUUAAAGAUGCAGAAGAUGCACUUCUUCAACUUAAACGUGCGAGGUUAUUGAGAGAGGCUGAUUUUGUCCUCCAAGCUUCCUCCAGUAUUGUCUCUGAGGAUAUCGAAGCAGAACCUAUUAAUGAAUGUCAAGUUGAACCAGAAACAGUACCGGAGGAUGAAAGCUAUUCCGUGGGAUCGAAAUGUAGAUUUCGAUUCACUGAUGGACGGUGGUAUAAUGGUCUUGUUAUCUCUUUGGAUGGAUUUACCUCUGCAAAGGUUUCUUUUCUAACACCGACAUCUGAAAGCAUGCUGAUAUGCAAGUUCUUUCUACAGCAACGGUGUCGAUUUCCUAAUAACUGCCGCUUGUCACAUGGCGUGGAUAUACCCUUAUCAUCUCUGAGAAAACAUAUUCCCACAAUAUGGGAGCAAUCCCUUGUCGGAUCAAAUAUCUGGGCAGUCUCAGAUCAAACAGGGAUUUGGAAACAAGCGGAGCUUGAAUCAUGGGACGACAAUCUUUCAGUCGGGCAUGUCGUUUUUCGAUCAGACGGAACCUCUUCGAGGCUCGGGACCGAUUCCAUAUCGUUUUCUGAAUACGCGGAAGUAAGUGACUCGUUAUCGGAAGAAGAAUCCGAUUUCGACGAAGAAUCCGAAGAUGACGGCUUGCAAGGACUAGGUUUUUUCACAGAGUUGAGAGGAGGUAUACAAACCGAAACAGUAAUAUUCGCGAAAUGGGAGAAUCAUACGCGAGGCAUUGCGUCAAAAAUGAUGGCGAAUAUGGGUUAUCGACAAGGAAUGGGUUUGGGUGUAUCGGGACAAGGAAUGAUCGAUCCGAUCAGCGUUAAAGUCCUUCCACCGAAACGAUCACUAGAUCACGUGGCGGAGAAAUCGGAGAAUGGUAAUAUUGUGAAGAAGAGAAGUAGAGGGGGGAGGAGAAAACGAGAGAAGAAGUUUGCGGAUGCAGCUAGAGCGGAAAAGGAGGAUGAGGAAUGCGAACCGGAUGUGUUCAGUCUUAUAAAUAGCCAGCUUGUGAAACACGGUGAAAUGAUGAAUCAUGAGGUUAAGAAGAAACAACGAGAAACGGGUGAAGGGAAGAAAGUUGAUCGGAGAGCAAUAGUUGCGUGUGAGGAUGAGGUGAAGGAUUUGAAGACGAAAGUGGAGAGGUUGGAAGAAAUGGCGAAUCGGAAUAGGAAGGAGAAGAUUGUUUAUGAGGCGGCUACGAGGAAGUUGAUCGAGACGAGGAAAUUGUUGGCCGAUGCCGAGUUCGCUCAUGCUUCUGCGUCGAAUGCUGUGGCUAAUAAAGACAAGGAGAAAAGAUGGCUUAAAUUUUGAUUUGUAUUUGUUGAAUAUGAUGUUCUUGAAUUUUUUCUUGGUUACACAAGUGUAUUCAAUUAUUCAAUGGUAUAUCAAAUAUAUAUAU